CUCCUCCUCCUCUUGAGCUCGCUCCGGCUCUUCUCGCUCCAGCCUCGCUGAGAUCCCAGCUCGGCCCCAGCCAUGAGGUUCCUCUGCCUCGUCUUUGCCGUCUUCCUGCUGAUCUCCCUGGCUGCCCCAGGCUACGGGCAGGUGAGGAAGUACUGCCCCAAGGUCGGGUACUGCUCCAGCAAGUGCUCCAAGGCGGACGUGUGGUCCCUGUCCUCCGACUGCAAGUUCUACUGCUGCCUGCCGCCCGGCUGGAAGGGGAAAUAAGGGCUGGGCAAGCAGCCCCCGCGGACCAGGAGGCAGCUUGGUGGCUUUGGGAGCGGCUACUCAACUGCCACCCCCUCCUCUGGAUAAAUAAAAAGAGACAAAAAGAUGUAA